GGCUGCCGACUAGAAAGGAAUAUCGCAAACACCGCAUUAAAAAAGAUUGAAUUCUACAUAUCCUACYUCAMUUCUAGCUGCCAUAAUGGUUCAAAUGAAAGUAGCCAAGUGUCCCUCGGACAAGCUAUCUCUUACUAACUGYUUAAUCGUCAAUAACAAUGACUUUGACGCAGAAAGAGUGAAAUAUGUUGAAGUGACAACAGGAGGUUCUAAACGUUUCAUCUUUACAAUCAAAGUGUCCGAUGCCAUGGACCAAGGAUCCGUAGGAUUUAGUUUAGUACAACGAAAAUGGACACAAGUAUCACUGAAUUCUGUAAUUGAAGUGAUUCCAUACCGGUUUGAUGAAAGCUCUUUUCUCUCAAGCAUCACAUUUGAAGCUGACUUUUUGCAGAAAUCCAGGCCAACGCAAGAUGCAUACGACACUGAUAAAAUGGCUGAAGAACUCACUGAYCUCUUCUAUGAACAUGCUUUUUCUGUCGAUCAGCAGUUAGUCUUCAGCUUCCAUGAGAAGAAACUAUUACAACUUGUAGUGAAAAGCUUGUCAGUUAUUGAUGUUGGUUUAAUUGGAGGGUCUUCCAAAGCUGCYGCUACGAAUGUCUCUGCUGGUGUUAUAACAAGGAAUACUCAAGUAGUUUUUGAGAGGGCAGAUGGAUCUGCCGUGAAUCUGAGUGGAUCAGCAAAAGGGCAAGCCACACAUCAGUCCAUCAUCAGUAAAGAUUGGGACUUUACAAAACUUGGAAUUGGUGGACUAGACAAGGAAUUUUCCAAUAUUGUUAGGAGAGCAUUUGCUACAAGGUUGUUUCCUGCAGACAUUGUUAACAAAAUGGGUUUGAGGCACGUGAAAGGAAUCUUACUUCAUGGGCCUCCAGGGACUGGUAAAACACUUAUGGCUAGACAGAUUGGGAAGAUGUUGAACACAAGAGAACCAAAGAUUAUUAGUGGACCAGAGGUUUUGAAUAAAUAUGUUGGGGAGUCAGAGGCAAAUAUCAGAAAACUGUUUGGUGAAGCAGAAGAGGAACAAAGRAAGUUUGGAGACAACAGUGCUCUACAUCUAAUCAUCUUUGAUGAGUUUGAUGCUGUCUGCAAGUCAAGAUACAGCUAUAAUACUGGAGGCACUGGUGUUCAGGAUUCUGUUGUAAAUCAGCUUCUAGCAAAGAUUGAUGGGGUAGAACAACUUAACAAUGUUUUGCUGAUUGGCAUGACCAAUAGAAGAGAUCUCAUUGAUGAUGCAUUGCUUAGGCCUGGUCGUCUUGAAGUUCAAGUAGAAAUUGGUCUACCUGACGAAGAAGGACGUGUACAAAUCCUUCACAUCCAUACUUCUAAAAUGAGAGAAAGUGGAGUGUUGGCAUCAGACAUUGAUUUCCAGGAACUUGCACAACAAACCAAGAACUUUACUGGUGCAGAAAUAGAAGGUCUUGUCCGUGCUGCACAGUCUACAGCCAUGAACAGAUUUAUCAAGAUGACCAACAACUUUGAGAUUGAUCCUCAAGCUGCACAAAARAUCAUGGUAAAACGCGAAGACUUCAACCACGCCCUAGAGAAUGACAUCAAACCAGCAUUUGGACCUAGUGAUGAUAACCUAGAGCUGUAUGUAGCUGAAGGGAUUAUUCGCUGGGGCAGCAAUAUACAGCGAAUAUUGGAUGACGGAAGAUUAAUGCUUCAACAAACUCGAGUACAGGAUAUUACAUCACCAAUUACAGUCUUACUGGAAGGCCCUGUAGGAUCUGGUAAAACAGCCCUUGCCGUCCAGAUGGCUCUUGGUUCUGAUUUCCCAUUCAUCAAACUGUGUACACCAGAGAAUAUGAUUGGGUUUGUUGACAGCGCCAAGUGUCAGGCCAUGAAAAAGAUAUUUGAUGAUGCUGAUAAAUCAGAUCUUAGCUGUGUCAUUGUGGAUGAUAUUGAAAGACUUCUUGAUUAUGUCAGCAUUGGACCACGUUUCUCAAACACUGUUCUUCAGGCWCUACUKAUUUUGCUUAAAAAGAAAUUAAGGAAGGGUCGAAGAUUGAUCAUUAUUGGUACUACAAGCUGUCGUGAUAUUCUUGAGCCAAUGGGUCUCAUUGAAGCUUUCAAUACCGUCAUUCAUGUGCCCAACUUAUCCAGGAAAGAACACCUUAUAAAUGUCCUUAAGGAAACAAAACUAUUUGAUGACAAUGAAAUCCAAGAAAUAUCAAGAGACAUUGGACCCAGAGGAAUGUUUGUUGGAAUCAAGAAAAUAUUGAUGCUUGCUCAGAUGGCAGUUCAGACAAACAAGGCUGACAGAGUUUCCAAGUUUCUAAGCUUGUUAGAAGAUGAGCAUUGUUUAAGAGCAUCAUUGGACUARACAAGUCACCAAUCCUGGAGGUCAGCUUUAGUUUAAAUUAUCAUAAGAAUAUGGACAAGCAUAGAAAUAUGCAUGGCAGGAUUUACAUGAACUGCUUUGAUAAAUAUCUUGCAUAUAAUAACAGAACGAGAACUCCAUUUUCUUGUGUUCCUGCUUCUGCAUGUGUCAAAAACAAUGAUUGUGAACAGGUGUACAAGAUAGGCAUUAGUAGAGUCUGUAAAGCAACCAGUGCUCAUAUAAAGUAAUACUGUUUUGAUAUACCAUAUUACUGUCAUUACUGUUUUUUAGCAAAAUGAUUUCUUGUCAAUCUUGUUAUUGUAGAUGACGCAGUUGCAAUUCACUAGAUAUUGAAAAAAUCAUUAAAUCAAAUCAUUACAAAUGGAUAUCGAUGUAGAUAAAAAUAAAUGAAAUUUAAAUUUAGAGUUAUUAGUCAUAAUAAUGCUAUUAUAAACGUGUACAAUUUGAUCACAGCAGAAGCAAGUUGCAGACAAUUAAAAAGACAACAAAGAAAUGUAUACAAAUGACUAAAAGAUCCUAUUUUUGUAUUAACUGUUUUAUUUGAAAGUUAUCAAAAAUUUUUAGUGUUAAUGUUCUCCAAAUAUAUUACAACUUACUUUUUACUGAGAACCCAAUUCUGUUUGCAAGACAAUGUUGUUAAAAAGUUCACUAUUAUCAAUUAAAAUCRUUUGUCUGGACUGAA